AAUUACUGCCUCACCAUGACUUAAAACCCUCCUCCCUCUCUCCCUCUCUCUCUCUCUCUUGUACAUCUUCGAUCUGAGUCUCCACGGCGGCGCAACCACGCAACCAAACCGCACUACCAAGCUUCGUUAGAACUCCUCCAUCUUCAACCAGGGAAACUAAUUAAAGGAAUGAUGUGGGCAAUUGCAAGGCGACAGGUUGCUUUUGGUUGUUCUUCUGCUUGGUCCUUGCGGAGGAUUCUUCCUGCAUCCGUGGCAUCAGCGCUGCAGGGUUAUGUUGCUUUGACCACGGCCAAUGAGGCUUCCGGUUGCAGAGAAAAUUACUCCUGGGGUUCAUGUGCCGCCUUUCAUAGUGUUGGGCGUCAACUUCAUAGCCAUAGAAGCUCUGUAGUGGAGGAGCAACUGGACCCAUUUUCACUUGUUGAAAAUGAACUAUAUAUUCUUGCUAGUAGGUUGCGGUCAAUGGUAGUUGCUGAGGUCCCAAAGCUUGCCUCAGCUGCUGAAUACUUCUUCAAGAUGGGGGUGGAAGGUAAGAGGUUUCGACCAACGGUUUUAUUGUUGAUGGCAACUGCUUUGAAUGUACCGAUACCUGAACCAGCUUCUGUUGGGGUGGGUGAUGCUAUAGCAACAGAACUACGUAUUAGACAACAACGGAUAGCUGAGAUCACAGAAAUGAUCCAUGUGGCAAGCCUUCUUCAUGAUGAUGUAUUGGAUGAUGCAGAUACAAGACGUGGCAUUGGUUCAUUAAACUUUGUUAUGGGGAAUAAGCUAGCAGUAUUGGCUGGAGAUUUCCUACUAUCCAGAGCUUGUGUGGCUCUUGCUUCUUUGAAGAACACAGAGGUUGUGACAUUACUAGCAACUGUGGUAGAGCAUCUUGUUACAGGAGAGACCAUGCAAAUGACUACUACAUCUGAGCAACGUUGUAGCAUGGAAUAUUAUUUGCAAAAGACAUACUGUAAAACCGCGUCAUUGAUUUCGAACAGCUGCAAGGCAAUUGCCCUUCUUGCAGGGCAAACUGCAGAAGUUUCAGUCUUGGCUUAUGAAUAUGGAAAGAAUCUGGGAUUGGCAUAUCAGUUAAUAGACGACGUUCUUGAUUUCACAGGCACAACAACUACCCUCGGAAAGGGUUCUUUGUCUGACAUCCGUCAUGGAAUUGUAACAGCUCCAAUAUUAUAUGCCAUGGAGGAGUUCCCGCAAUUGCGUGAAGUAGUUGAUCGAGGAUUCGACAACCCUGCAGAUGUAGAGCUUGCUCUCGAUUACCUUGGACGGAGUCGUGGAAUACACAGAACCAGAGAACUAGCGGCGAAGCACGCCAGCCUUGCCUCAGCUGCAAUUAAUUCUCUUCCCAAGAAUGAUGACGAGGAUGUUCAAAAAUCAAGGCGGGCACUGGUUGAUCUAACUCACCGAGUCAUUACAAGAACAAAGUAGCGAAAGAACAUCAAUUCCUGCCACAACGAUUUCUUGUGUCAGUUUUUCCUUCAAUUUAUUUUUUCGUCAACGGUUUUGUGAGGGAUUUAUUUCCUCAAUAUCAUUCUUUCUGUUUUGUUUUUUGUUUUAAUCUUCAUAGAGUUGUGAUGAAACAAACAAUAUUCUUCAAAACUUGAUGUCAAUUGUAAUAUUGGGUAAUAUUAUUUAGGAAUUUGAUGAAUAAAAAUAGCUUUAUAUUAGUUUACUCCGUUAA